CCAAGAUGGCGGAUGCGGGUGCAGCGAGCUUACCUGGGGGAGACUCGGCGCUGUCCCCGCCGCCGCCGCCGCCGCCGCCUCCCCCGCCGCCCGAGGAGCAGGAGUUGAGCCAGCGUCUCCGCCGACUCUACCCGGCCGUCAACCCAGCCGAGACGCCGCUGCCCCGCGCCUGGAGCCCCAAGGACAAGUACAACUACAUCGGCCUCUCCCAGGGCAACCUUCGCGUCCACUACAAAGGACAUGGGAAAAAUCACAAGGAUGCUGCUUCUGUCAGGGCUACCCACCCCAUCCCUGCAGCCUGUGGAAUUUAUUAUUUUGAAGUGAAGAUAGUCAGUAAAGGUAGAGAUGGGUACAUGGGAAUAGGACUCUCUGCCCAAGGUGUCAACAUGAACAGACUUCCUGGCUGGGAUAAGCAUUCCUAUGGCUAUCAUGGUGAUGAUGGACACUCCUUCUGCUCAUCAGGGACAGGGCAGCCCUAUGGCCCCACUUUUACUACUGGCGAUGUAAUUGGCUGCUGUGUGAACCUCAUCAACAACACCUGCUUCUACACAAAGAAUGGGCACAGUUUAGGUAUAGCCUUUACAGAUCUUCCUGCCAAUCUAUAUCCCACUGUGGGGCUCCAGACACCCGGAGAGAUUGUGGAUGCCAACUUUGGGCAACAGCCAUUUGUGUUCGACAUUGAAGACUAUAUGAGAGAGUGGCGAGCAAAGAUUCAGGGCACGAUUAAAAGGUUUCCCAUAGGUGACCGGCUAGGGGAAUGGCAAGCCAUGCUACAGAACAUGGUCUCUUCCUAUCUGGUACAUCAUGGAUACUGUGCUACAGCGACUGCCUUUGCCCGUGUGACGGAAAGUACAGUCCAGGAGGAACAGAUCUCCAUAAAGAACAGACAGAGAAUACAAAAGCUGGUUUUGGCAGGAAGAGUAGGAGAAGCCAUUGAAGCAACACAGCAGCUAUAUCCAGGGCUUCUAGAGCAUAACCCUAACCUCCUAUUCAUGUUAAAGUGCCGGCAGUUUGUGGAGAUGGUGAACGGAACAGACAGCGAAGUGCGAUUUUUCAGUGCCCGCAGCCCUAAAUCACAAGACAGCUACCCUGAUUCUCCUAAUCUGAGUCCCAGACAUGGCUCCAAUAAUUUGCACAUUCACAGCACGGGAGCAGACAGCCCAAGCUGUAGCAAUGGGGUGACCUCCGUAAAAAGCAAACAGAGCCACAGUAAAUAUCCUGCCCUGAGUUCGUCGUCGUCAUCCUCUUCCUCAUCGUCCCCUUCAUCCGUGAACUACUCAGAAUCCAACUCCACAGAUUCUACCAAAUCCCAGCAGCACAGCAGCACUAGCAACCAAGAAACCAGUGACAGUGAAAUGGAGAUGGAGGCCGAGCACUACCCCAAUGGAGUCCUGGAGAAUUCAGCCACGCGAAUAAUGAAUGGCACUUACAAGCACGAAGAGAUUCUACAGACUGAUGAUUCCAGCAUGGAAGAUGGCUGUCCCCAGAGGCAACUCUGCGGAGGGAACCACGCUGCCACCGAGCGGAUGAUCCAGUUUGGGCGGGAGCUCCAGAUCCUCAGCGAGCAGCUAUGCAGAGACUACGGGAAGAACACAACCCACAAAAAAAUGUUACAGGAUGCAUUCAGCUUGCUAGCCUACUCUGAUCCUUGGAACUGUCCAGUUGGUCAGCAGCUGGAUCCCAUCCAGAGGGAGCCUGUGUGUGCUGCACUCAAUAGCGCUAUUUUGGAGUCUCAGAACCUGCCGAAGCAGCCCCCGCUGCUGCUCGCCCUGGGCCAGGCCUCGGAGUGCUUGCGACUCAUGGCUCGCGUGGGCUUGGGCUCCUGCUCCUUCGCCAGAGUGGACGACUAUUUGCACUAGCCACUGAGUGAGGCAGAGUGACCCCUCCUGUGCUGCCCUUUCACCUCUUCCUGCCUUGCGGUCUCUCGCCUGCACCUGCCCUCCACCCGCUGCCCAGCAGAAGGACACAGUGCUGACUGAGGCGGGGAGGCGGAGGAGGACCCUCGAGGCGCCUUUACUGCUCACCCUGGAAACUGCUCGCAGGGCCCCUGCCCCGCCCUGCCCUCCCAUCACGGCCGCAUCCUGCUCUGCCCCACAGCACUUGGCAUCUUCACCGGUCCUUCUGAUGUAGCGCCUUCUGACUUUAGGAUUUUACCUUUAUUUUAUUAUGUUAUUUUAUUUCUCUGACUGAGCCACCAGUAUUUAUACCUGGAGAGUUUGUGCUGAGCUGGUUUCUAAUUCAUUUAGAGAUAAAAGUGUAUCUGAGUUGGUGAUGGCCUGUUUUUUGUUUUGAUUUUAUUUUUGUGUUCAGAGAAACGUAUUGGCCUGUGUGCUACUUGGACAGUAUUGUUCACUGUUGCUGGUCCUCGUAAAAAGCAAGAGGCUGAAUGUGCUUAUUGGAAUAUUAGCCAUGAUUUCCAAACAAAAUAGCUGAACUUCUUUUUUCUGUGCCUAUGACAGACAGGCCUGAGAAACCCUAUGGAUGCACUCCAGAAACUCUGGAGAAAGGCUGAGAUUGGGAGUAAAAAAGUGCUCAGCUCCAGCCUUUCCCUGUAAUAGAACAUCCUGUGAUGCUUGGAAAGAGAACUGCUGUUAGCUGAGUGUGUCCCCAAACUCCGUGGAGAAUCAGGAAGAUCUCUUGUGACAGUCAGACAUUAGGGUGUCGCUGUGGGAAUUUGUGGCUGAGCUACAACUUCCCAAGUUGCUGAUCAUUGGCCAUAUUCACUGGGGUUGCUGAGAGCUUGACAACCUCUGGAGGACCACAGGUUCUCCUCUCCUUCAUCAGAGCAAGGAAUCCUGGGCCUGCUACCAGGGGACCAGCACCUCCACUGUGACAUGGUCAUCUGGGAGGCAACUCACAUCUAACUCUAAGACUUGUUACAAAGAGGAAGGGGAAGAAGGCUUGCCUGCUUCCUAGUCCUGGUACCCAAACACUGCCUGGAAUCGAGGGGGAGUGGAAAAUGGGAGCUAUGUAUUAGUCCAGCAUUUUCUUUCCUUUUCUAUCUGGCGAUUCCUUUUCCUUCUAUUUUCCUAGGAUCUCUCCCUAUAAAGUGGAUAGAUACCUCCAUGCCAGUUGCUAACCAUGAAAAGCUGUCAUCAAAAUGACAAGAAUCCCCCCACAGCCAUUCAGUUUAUGAAGUCAGUUUUUAUCUCACUGUUUCAUUGCCUGCAUAUCUUUGAUGUUACACCAAUAUGAGAAUAGUACAAAAGCCUUGUUUUUAUCUCGCUAGCCACUGACUGAAAAGGGGGUGCAAGCCAAAAUUACCCUUUUUUAAAAAGAAAAAGGCAGUUUUAAUCCGGGGAAUAACCUUUUUUAAAAAAAUAGGUAAUCUAUUUCCAAACUAAUAUAUUGUAAGAAUCCUUACAAAAUACUGCUGGAAUAAUAGGUUGGAAGCUCCAGUCAAGUUUGAUUUACAUGAGGGAUUUAUAACUGUAUGUCUUGUAGUACAUCAGAGGAGUCCUGCUGUACUCAUAGCUGUUAACAUUUGAAACAUCAUAAUCGUUGGCUUGCCAAUAUAUUUCAACAUUUUGCCUAGCUUUUAAAAUACACUUUCUGAUGGGAAAAUUUUACAAAAAUCCAUAAAUUCAACAGGCAAGACAGUUAAAACUAAGCACUUGCAGAAGCUAACGUGAAAGAGGCGGGUCGUUGAUGUGAUAAAAUGCUUCCAUUGAUGGCAGAGAAUUAUAUUAGCAUAGAAAUGGCAUUUUUGGUUGAGGGCUUGUAGCUGUAAUGACAAGAAUAUGCAUCCUUGCACAAAUGCAGUGCAUUUGGAAUGUUAUGCAAGCAUCACCAGGGUGGUGGAACCUGGGCAGCUAAUAAGAAUGUGCUUGAACAAUUUCCAUUAAUUUCUGUGAGGGUACUGUCCAUCCUCAGAAGAGACUAACUUCCACUUUCAGGUUUGUAUAUAAGACAUCCAGAGUUGAGGGGAUAAUUAGAAGACCAUGCAUUACUGCUUCCUUGGCGGAUCAGGACUGAACGUUAGUGCAAGACAGUGAAAAGAGAAUGGGUCGACUAGGGAAAAUACAGUUCCAGACUCUGGUUACAUGCAUAAUUGGGCCAUCAUGGCUCUGCUGUGCUAGCUAGAUCAAAAUAAAAUGUUCUCUUGUUUGCAUUUUUGAGAAGGGCAAACAUCUAUUCAUUAUUCCUUUUGCCUGGAUGGUCAUGAAGUUGUAUAUUACUGUCAUUUGGCUUUACUUUGCCUUAAACUUCUUAACGAUUUGCAAGGCUAGUUUAGAAAUUAUAAUACCAAGCCAUAUAAUUACAGGACCACCAAAUAACUAGUGGUGGCAGCUUAAAAACAGAAUGAUUUCUCCACCAUCCAUCCUUGAUAAGUUCUGGAAUGGCAAAUGUCUGUAUCAGACCACCACCAGCUCUCUUUAUCUGGCUUGCUGUGUGGCAGCUUGCUUUUAGGCUUCGUGGUGGUUUCCAGUGUUGGAUUGCACUUUUAGAUGUUCACUGUCUUAAAAUGGCUUCAACAAACCAAUCUCCUGGUUAUCUUGGGCAGAUUUCUUUCCUGCUUGGUUUGUUUUCUCCUGUUUCCAUUUCAUCAUCCCUUUUUCAAAGUUGCUUCAAGAGGUUUUUUUGGUCUUUGCUAUCUGCUGCUUUUUCCAAGCUGUCAUUUUUUUGCCUUCCUUUGCUUAAAGUCGAAUGUUUUCAUGGCAGUUUUUGCACUCUCAAAUAUUUUCUCAGGCAAGAAGCAAGUUGCCAUCUCUAACUGGUGGUGGUGGUGCCAAUUUUUGUAAAAGAACAAGGUUAAGUUUUCUUGAUCAAAGACAAUCUGCGUUUGAUGACUCAAUAUUUUGAUGCCAUAGUCCUAUAGGUACGGCAGAUAAAAUUUAAUUUAGGAAACAUUAUAGUCAGCACUAUGCUUGAUUCAGAGAUUCCUGAGUCUUGGAAUGUGCAUCCAAGACAAUCAGAUGUUUUAAUACUAGUUAUAAUUGCUCUUAAGAGACCACAGUACAUACAUUGUGGAAAAGGAUUGUAUGAAAUCCUAUAGCAUCUUUGAAGGGAAAAACUUUUAAUUUGUGUUUGUGGUUAGCAACUUUUACCACAUUCAAGGUCACAAAAUAGUGCAGAAGCCUUUGAGUUCUCCAUACUUACAUCAGCAAAAGGGGCAAAGGAGUGGCUAGCAUUAAAGCUACAGUUUAAAUUUAGUCUGAAUUUUAAGAUGAAAUCUGAAGGAGAUUAUGGAUGAAUUAGACUCUUAAUUUACAUGUGGAGUCUGGUUGUAUCUAGCACAUUUCUUGGGGAUAUAUGUUCUUUUUGACACUGUCUGACUGGUUCUGUCAUCCUGCCAGAAAUCUUUUGCAAGCAAUCCAUCUAAUCCCAGGUUUUAAUCUACUUAAUAAGCAUUAAACAGAACAAUGGUAACUAAGACUUGGCAACUGUUUCCUGAUCAUUUGCCAUGUAGAUCGUACAUCAGAUUGCAAGUCCCUGGCCUUGGUGUCUGUAAAAUGGACAUUGGAAAAUCCAAAAUGCAAGAAUGUCACUUCUUUGAUUACUCUCUGCCAGAGCAGUGGAAUUAUCUGCAAUAAUCCUUUCACAACUAUGAAGACCACGGCUAAUAGGAAUUAUAGUCCAACACCUCUGGAGAACACUAGAAUGGGAAGGAUGUUCUCUGUAUUGUAGAUGCUUAUGUGGAUUGUGAGGAGUUCCAGACCCCCAGGUAGCUGUCCUUGUGCAAAGAACAAUCUCAUCUUUCUUCCAUGUAUUUUUUGCAACCGGCGCCAGGGGUUGGCUGUAAAUUAGUUCUAGCACUGGAAUGUCACCUCCUGAUGAUCCAAAGUGGCCAUCUUGAUCUAGCUGCCAAUCAUAACUUUAAACAAAGGGAGCAACAGUCAUGUCAGCAGGAGUUGGUGCUUUGUCUACCCCCAUAUGGUCCUCAGCAUUCUGUAACCAAAUAAAACUGCCCAGUCCUCUUACUCAACUGAUUUCAUUUACCAUUGUUGGACUGGUGCUUGGUUUGGAAGUAUUUGAAAUGUAUAAUAGGUGCAGAAAAAGGUUAAGGAUCACUACCAACAAGUAGGUUUUGGACUGAGGGUUUUUUCUUUUUGGCUGGAGUUUUAAGUAUUGGGUGUCAGCUGCUCCUCUUGAACUAGCUGAGAUUGAACUAGCAAGGGAGAUUGCUGGCAGGCGUAAUUAGAUUACAUUUUAGAUCUGAUGCUGAAAGAAAGAAAUGAAAUGUAAAGAGUUCUCCUUUAACAAUCUCCUUUCCAGUUCCUCCCACUUGUUGCAAACUCAGGUACCAGCUCUAGCAUGGAAUCUCAGACCUUUUUGUUUCAGUGAUUUUAUUAUGAUACCAACUGUACAAAUUUUUUUUAAAGUAUCCUAUCAAAUAAAUGGGCUGAGCAGAAUGUGGGCUCCGAAAGGCUUCCAUAAUCUCACUUCUCAUUUUCACUUUAUUGAGGACUUGAUGAAUAUCCUUCCAAGCUGUGCACAUUGGGUCAGUUUCUGCUUAGUAUUUGUGAGUUCAGUUAAACCAACUCUAGCAUGAAAACCUUCCAAAAGGAGGAAAUUUUAACUGACGAAAAAGAGAGAAAUUGUACUGGAAAUAUAGAAACCCACAUUCUGUUGUAUUUUGACAGAAUUAUUUUUAUUAAAAUACGCAUCUCUGCA